AUUCGCUGCUGACCUACUAUGUUGACAAAAAUGGCGAGCAGUGAUUUGUGUGACAGUGUAUAUUACUCUAGAUUUAACGACACAAUGCAAGAAGAAGGUUGUUGGAAACAGCUAUGUAGAGAACUGUUGCUAGAAAAAAAUUCAGGCGACUCUGGUCAAGACGAAAAUAGCUGUUUUGGUCGACCUGGUAGCCAAAUAGACCAAAAAGUUGAGUUCAGAAACAAAUUUGGGGAAAAAGUUUUCGGCAUACCGGUAAUAAUUGAUUUCAAUCGCAUUCUACAGCUAAAGCAAGUUCAUGAAAAUGAUGGAAUUAUUACUGGGGUUUCCAACAGAGACCUUCUCCAUGCUGUAUGUGGACUGUAUGAUAUUUCGCUUCCUGAUAUGGAGUCGGAGACUAUCUAUAACACAGUUUGUGCAAAGUGGGCAAGAACCAUAGCAAUUGUUCAAGAUAUUAAAGAUGCCACAGAUAAUAUGAUGGAAAGACUCAUAAAGAAAAGAGUGAGAGAGCAGAAAAAACUCCUGGAAGACCAGCAUGAAAAGAAAGAAGCCAAUAAAGAUGCUUGGAAGGCUAAGAUAGAUGAAGUGGAAGACGUAUUCAAAGAGGAGGAAGAAGAAGUCCAUCUCAGUGCUUUUAUAGAUGUUUUCAGUGAUACAGAUGAAGAGGAAGAUGAGGAUGUUGAUGAGGAAGAAGAAGAUAGUUCUGAAGAAAAUUACACAAAAGGAAUUAAUACAUUUAUCAAGUCAAGUUUUGAGAGACGGCAGCAAAGAGAAAGUUCAGACUGUUUAAUUACUCCAUCAACUAUCGGAAUUGAAAAUAGAUUGUUAGGAUGUGUAACAUUCGAAAAGAAAUUCAUUGAAGAGAAACAGAGAGUCAUCCACAUAACUUUGAUUAGCAUUAGACCAAGAUACAGACAUUACAAGAUUGGUCAAUAUCUGCUGUCUAAAUGUGUUUCACCUGUAAUCACUGGACACUUUGAUGCUGUGGUGGUCCAUGCUGAUAAUUCUGCUGUUAAUUUCUUUGGCAAAUAUGGAUUUUCUGCAGAUGUGGCUCUAAAUAAGAAAUGGGGUGAACUUGCUGAUGCAUUUACUAAUUGUACACUCAUGACUUACUUCCCUCCCUUCUCUGGACACAGUCUUCUGCCUACAAAAGUAACUAGAGAACAAGAUGCAGACAUGUAUGACAUAGACCAGGAGCUGGAAAAGUGGCAAAGAAAAAGUGAAGAGGCUUACCAAGGGCAGUUAACUUGUAUUCUGAAGUUUAGAAAUGAAAUUUUACAGCUUAAAAAUACUAUCAGAGUUCAGAAUGAAUUAUUAACUAAGCUUGUCACCACUAACAGAGUGAACAGAGAUGCUUUAGAAAUAGAGAGAGACCUCAGGUCAACACAUUUAGACCAGGCUGUCAGCUCCUUGACCAGGGGACUACAGUCACUUAAUACAGAAUCAAAACAACCAUUGCAGAGUUUCAGUAGCAUUUCAAACACAGAGAUCAUAUCUAGAUUUAUUCAGGGUAUGGAGGCAGACGGCUCAGUCAAGAUUGUAUAUAGUGUCACUUCUAUCAACAAGGCUAUUCUAAGCCCUGAUGUCCAUGCCUUGUAUGAAAAAACAGUCAGACAUUUGCAUGACUCGUCCAUGAUCACAGCUCUAUAUUUCUGUGGUUCACUUGAAAAACCCAGUCGAUUGCAGCACAUUUUGACCCAUGGUUUCUCAGAAGAAGAUUUCAGCUAUGGAGAGUUUGGGAGAGGACUUUAUUUUUCCAAAUACCCUUCCAAAGCUGCUCAGUUUUCCGUGCUAGGGAAACUGCUGGAGGCACAAGUUGCUUUAGGUCAAACAGAGAGUGUUUUGAAGUGUGACAGAACUAGAAAAAGUCCAUCAGAAGGGUAUGACUCCAUCUUUACUCCAGGGAGAUUAUAUAGACAAGGUGACAAUGAAAAUGCCAUGUUAUGCCAGGAAUAUGUUCUGUUUGAUGCUCAUCAAGUGCUGCCACUUUGGAUUUUGUCUUACAGUGCUUACCCAAACUCAUGAUUUCGCAUUUGCUUUAAUUUCCAACAGUUUAUCUAUGAGUGAAAUUCAUUAUGUAAAUUAUAUGUCAUCUAGAAAUAUAUAUCAUUGUUUUAAAUAUCAAAUUAUAAAUAUUUGUUAUUAACUUAUUUAUGGUUGUGAUCAUGCUGAAUCUGUGAAGUGUUUGUUUUGAAUCUCUAAAAAGACACAUGUGUCCUUAGAUUAUCGAUAAUGUGAAUGCAAAUUAUAAUUUAUUUGCCCUAAAUAUUUAAUUUUUUGAAGUAACUUAAGCUAAUGAUGUAAGUUAUUUUGAAAAUUUUUUUAAAAACAGAUAUUUUUUUUUAAUGUAGCAAACUUUUUUUGCAAAAUUUUUAUUGCAACUAGAUCUUAGUAGGCUUUUUAAAAACACAACAAUAUCAAUUAGAUCUAAGCAUUUUAUAACAUAGUGAUAUCAGUUAGAUCUAAGCAUUUUAUAACAUAGUGAUAUCAGUUAGAUCUAAGCAUUUUAUAACAUAGUGAUAUCAGUUAGAUCUAAUUAUUUUCUUUAUAUUUUUAAGUCUGUCUUGUAAAUGCUCAACUGAAGUGAACUGAUUAAAAAAAAGUUUAAUAUCAUUGUC